UGAAGAUUCACCUAGAACUGCAGAAGGGUCAGUUCUUACCCGUCCGGCACAGUCGCGAUAAAAAUCGCAUUUUUUAUGUAGCUUCAUGCCUAUUGUUAGUGUGUGUUUGGUUAACAAUCGCAAAACUCGUUUUUACUUCACUUCCGGCUGACGUUCCAGUUUUCAACAGGGGACGAGAGGGACAGAGGUUCAAACAAGUCUGACCUUGUAUGCAGAUAUUGCGCACCCAGAGUUUUGUACCACGAAACCGGGUUUAGUAGUGCAUUCUGUCUGUGUAGAUAGUACUUGUAACUUACGAAUAUAUUAUGACCAAAUUUCUACGCACAGAAGAGGACAUUAUAAAUGGGCUAAAUGAGAUUUUAGAUAAUGAAUCUGAGGGUGAACCACUGGAGUCUUUAUCUGAGGAAGAAUUUCCGUCGCCAAUAGUUCCGUAUUCUUCAUCAGAAGACGAUGUUAUUCCUGCGAAGGUUCUACUGAAUGCUGAUGAGAAAGGAACAGCUGCCACAAAGACUAAUUCAAGUGGAGGAAGUGGACCUCCUGAAGGUCGACGUGGACAACAAAAUGCCCAGGGUUCUGGACUACUUCAGUUUCCUUCAGGAAGCGAUAUUGUAGCACCCAAUGGAACAACCUGGAACGUUGGAGUAAUAGGUGACUGUUCAGCUGGAAGAUAUGGACAGCAGAAUGUUUUCAAAGAUAGGACGGGACCAUCUCUGCAUGCAAAACGAAACGUGAAUGAGACCUGUUACAGCACAUGGCAUCUAAUGAUAAUGGACAAAAUAUAUUGUAAAAUGUACAGAAACUGAAGCACGUCGUGUCCUGAGUUCAGAUGAGUGGAGUAUAAAAAUUGAAGAACUGGAAGCUUUUAUAGCUAUAUUGUACGUCCGUGAUGUUAUUGGAGCUCAGUGGUCAGUGAAGUGGGGAAAUAAUUUUGUGAAAUCAACAAUGGCUCAUGACAGAUUCAGAGAGAUACUGUGUUAUCUCAGAUUUGACAUUAGAUCCACAAGAUCAGAACGACUAAGAGAAGACAAGUUUGCUUUGGUAUCAGAAAUCUGGAAUGAGUUUAUUGCGAAUGCACAAUCUAGUAGCUACGUACCAGGUCCAUAUAUAACAAUCAAUGAACAGCUUUUUCCUUCAAAGUGCCAUUGCAGAUUCACGCAGUUUAUGGCCUCAAAACCAGACAAAUACAGGCAAAAGUAUUCGAUGGCGGUAGAUAAAGACUCAAAAUAUAUUGUGAAUGCUAUCCCUUAUCUAGGAAAGGAUGACACUAGGCGGAGUGAUGAGCGUCUUGAUGACUUUGUUGUAAAAAAAAUUGAUGCAACCUUACCUCAACAAAGGAAUAAAUGUCACAUGUGACAAUUUUUUCACCUCCUUAGCGCUCUCUGAGACACUGAAAGCUAAUUCUACAAGUCUUUUGGGCACAAUAAAUCGAUCUCGCAGGGAAAUACCAGUCUGUAUCAAGAAGGCAAGAUAACAGUUAUACAGCACAGUAUUGUUGAAAAAAGAUGAUACCACACUGACUGUUUAUCAGGGUAAGAGCAACAAGAAUGGCCUGAUUCUGAGCACUAUGCAUCCUUAUGUGACGAUUGAGGAUGGUAUAAAAAAGAAGCCAGAUACAGACAGUUACGUUUUAUAACUGCUCUAAAUAUGGAGUGGAUGUGGUCGACCAAAUGGCUCGCAAAUACUCCAUCAAAGCACCAUAGAGACAUUGGCCUGUUCACACAUUUUACAACUUGCUGGAUUUGGCUGGGAUAAAUACGUGGGUAUUGUUCAAUUCUCUAAAUGAUAAAAAAUUGAACGCAGGGAUUUCAUCCUGCAGCUAGGGGAGGAGCUUGCUGAGAAGUACGCAGUGACCAGAAAGACUAGCGUCCCUGUCAGACCUGAAGAUAUUCCUGACAGACAAAAAAAGCGAACAUGUUCCCUUGUAAAGUCUAACUGUGAAGGAAACAAAUCAUUUGUAAGGUGUCACAUCUGCAAGAAAACUGUGAGCAACAAAUGUACAUCAAAAGACUAUUAUUUCUGUUCAUUAUGUAAUGGUAGCCAGUAAAAACA